AUUAUCCGAGAAUAAUAUUACGUAAAUUCGUUUAAUUUAUUAAGUAGUAUUUGAUAAUUUAUUUUUCAAGUACCUUUUGCAUAAUAACUGUUAGGUUAACAAUUUAUCGACCAUUUAGUGUUUGUGGUUGUCAUACACAAUCAAUUUUAUUUAUAUUCUCAUUCUUAAGAUCUUAAUAAUAAUUUUCUUCUAUGGUAUUUUAGAUACGUAUUCUUUGAAAUGUAUGUGCAAGUAUCAGAGAGUGAAAACAGUGAUCCUAUUGAUAUGCCUACUGAAGAGGAUAAUAGUCUUCUGCUGUCUACUUUAGAAGCACAAUAUCCUGGGAUUAUUGGUUUGAAAUAUCGUGUUAACAAUAGGUUGAGAAUAGUUCGUCUCAAUGAGGGCAAAUUGUAUCCUCCUGAAGAUGGUUGGUUAGAUCGUAUUUAUAUGUGUAAUUUUCGUAAUACACCAUCAGCAAAACGUAAACAUAAUGAAAUUGAAAAUAGUACUAAGACAGAAGAUGAUGAUGAUGAUGAUAGUGUUUCUGACAUGGAUUUGGUUGUGUUGGGUUUGCCAUGGAAAGUAACUGAAGAAGACUUGAAAAAAUAUUUUGCUAAAUUUGGUCAAGUAGAAUAUACUCAAAUUAAGACUGAUGCUAAUGGUAAAUCAAAAGGAUAUGGAUUUGUCAGGUUUAAACAUAAAAAAUCUCAAGUGCGUGUUAUGUUAGAACGGCACAACAUAGAAGGUCGAUGGUGUGAUGUGCGGAUACCCAAUAGUAAAGACAAGCAGGUUAAUAAAGUGCCCCGUAAAGUAUUUAUAGGUCAGGUAUCUGAAGAUGUAGAUGAAGAUGCAUUAAGAAAUUAUUUUAUCAAAUUUGGGGAGAUAUCAGAUUUAUUUUUACCAAGACCACAUAGAGGUUUUGCAUUUGUAACUUUUACUGACCCGUUAUCAGCUCAGAAAGUGAUUGGCAAAGAUCAUAAAGUUGGAGAUUGCAGUGUAGUGUGUACAGAAGCAAUACCAAAAAAAGAAAUGGCACCUAAGUGGAAUGAAUAUGAUAAUCGAGACAGAUACAAGGAUAAAAGGAGAGAUCGAUCACCGAAACACCAGCAAUCCUGGUCCCAAAAUGAUAAUUGGGAUUAUGAUCGGGAAAUAUAUGAACGGCUGUACACUCGAGGAAAUGGACAACAAUUAGUUAAUAGUAAUUUUGCAAGUGAUAAAAAUAUUAAUCCAGACAUGGUGGCUGCUGCUGUAAACAAAGCUGUUAUGGGAGUAUUUGGAAAUUUAAAAGGAGGACAGGGUAAUCAAAGUGAUAAAACUCAAGGAAUAGAUGAUUGGUGGAUGAGAAGAUAAGUUAGAUAAGUCAUGUAUUUUGAAUUUAAAAUAAAAUUUGAUUUCCUAAUAAAUGUUCAUUAAAGUAAUAACUAGGGUUGAGCAUUUCUAGUACUUCCAGUGUAAAUAUAUCCUCCGAUGAUGAAAAAUAUUUAUGUCACUUACUUUCUUCUGCAACCUUUUAAGACAAAUAUGAAAAAACUAGAAGUACUCAGCUUUAUUAAUAAUUUUUGAUGAAAGUACUUAUAGAACUAAAACCGAUUUUAAUGUAACUAAAGAAAAAAUUGAAUACAUUUUUAAUAAAUUCAUAUUCUACUCAAA